AUGGGCAACUCUUGCAGGGGGUCCUUCGGGAACAAGGGGUUUCUGGGUUACCCGGAACCCGCUGAUCGUUCUUCCGCCGCCAGAAGCAGCAGCCGCCACCACCACUCCGAUCUCAACUCCGCCAAAUCCGACGACAGCAACCCGCCGCCGCCGCCGCCGCCGCCCAAGGAAUCCCCCGCCGCCCCCGUGAGCUCCACCAUGCGACGUGGGUUUGACCCCCAGACUAACUACGUUCUAGGGCACGCCACUCCCAAUCUCCGGGACCUGUACACGCUCGGCCGGAAGCUGGGUCAGGGGCAGUUCGGCACCACCUAUCUCUGCACGGAGAUCUCCACGGGGAUCGACUACGCCUGCAAGUCCAUCUCCAAGCGGAAGCUGAUCUGCAAGGAGGACGUGGAUGAUGUUCGCAGGGAGAUCCAGAUAAUGCACCAUCUCUCUGGCCAUGAGCACGUCGUCUCCAUCAAGGGCGCCUACGAGGACUCCCUCUACGUCCACAUCGUCAUGGAGCUAUGCGCAGGCGGGGAACUCUUCGAUCGGAUUGUUGAGAGGGGGCACUACAGCGAGAGGAAGGCGGCGGAGCUGAUCAGGAUCAUCGUCCGGGUCGUGGAGGCCUGUCACUCCCUCGGCGUCAUGCACAGAGAUCUCAAGCCGGAGAAUUUCUUGCUCGCGAACAAGGACGACGACUCCUCCCUCAAGGCCAUCGAUUUCGGACUCUCCGUAUUCUUCAAGCCCGGUAAGGUCGGCGGGAUUCCGGCAACUGGGUCUUCUUCUGAUCGCUUCUUUGACGUGAAUCCUAGACGCUCUCUUUCUUUUCAUAUCAGAGAGUGGUUUUUCGCCGGAGAUUGUGAGGACGAGAAAGAGAGCGUCCUCACAAUCUCCGGCGAAAAACCACUCUCUGAUGUGAAAAAUCUGUUCUUCCACUUAACCACUUCUCCAAAGCUCUCUAUAAAACCGACCCAUCGCAUUAAUCUGUUUUUCCUUUUCUGGGUUUCGCCGCGUUCGUCUCUGUCACUGCAUUUGCAUAGUUUUCUGUGAUUAUCAGGUCUUUGUCUCAAGGUAUACCUCAUCUCCUCAGCGUGGUUGCUUGAGCAUCCAUCAAAACUGACCAUUCCUGCCCUCCUUGACGCCUCCAGGCCAGGUCUUCACAGAGGUGGUGGGGAGCCCGUACUACGUCGCUCCUGAGGUUCUCUUGAAGCACUACGGCCCCGAGGCAGACAUAUGGACGGCGGGAGUGAUACUCUACAUACUCCUGUGUGGUGUUCCCCCCUUCUGGGCAGGCAUGAUCUCCAUGAUUUUUCUGUCCAGAGGUUGAUAAGAUAGAAAAAAAAAAGGGGGUAUAAAUCUGCCAUGGGCUGAAUGCGAUGUGGUUGACUUUUUCAGAGACCCAGCAGGGGAUAUUCGAUGCGAUCAUCAAGGGGGUCAUUGACUUUGCAACAGACCCAUGGCCCCGAAUCUCUGACAGUGCCAAGGAUCUCAUCAGGAGGAUGCUCAGCUCUCAUCCUGCUGAUCGCCCGAAUGCCCACGAAGUAUUAUGUAAGCUUGCUGGUGGACUCCGUCGGAUGAGGAUGGAUGUUUCUUUCAUUAAUCAUAUUUAGACAGCUCCAGCACCGAUGAUUUGUCGCAUUUCAAACCGACAGAGAUGCAUUAAUCACUAUUAAUGAUGGUCAAAGCCGAAAAAUAUCACCAUAUUAACUGCUGUGAGAUGCGAUUCCUUGCCUCUGUGAUUCUUUUAGGUCACCCAUGGAUCUGCGAGCAUGGAGUUGCUCCUGAUCAGGCGCUGGAUCCUGCUGUUCUCUCUCGACUCAAGCACUUCUCCGCUAUGAACAAGCUGAAGAAGAUGGCCCUGCGGGUGAGUAUCCAUCAUUCUUAUACAUCUACAUGCAAAAUGAUCACAUCGGUGGUUGAAUGGCAGUAUAGUGGCAUAUCCCAAGGGCUUAUUAUUAUUAUUAUUACUAUGAUUAUCAUCUUAAUCAAGAAGGCUUCUGCAAGCUCAAUUAGGCAUAAUUGUACAAUUGAGGAAAGGGGUAGAUCUUGUGAGAUAAUUAUAUAAUUUUUUUGUGCUAGAGUAAUUAUGUUGAUGGAUGGAAAGCUCGUCCAGUGGGAUUGUAUUAUCAGUAAUGAUCUUCUGGUUUUUGUGACUGACAGAUUGGUAGAAAACUCUGAACCAAGCUAGCAAAAUUACAUCAGCAUCGAGAGAAAAAAUCAUCUAAAUAUACGCUUAAAUGUUUCAACAGUGAGUAAUAUUCUUCAAAAGUGUUGCCUCCAGGAGAACUGCUCAUGGCCUCUUACAGAGCUUUGAAUAGAAAUGGGAAGAGGAAGCUGGGGAGGAUGGGAAAACUGAAUUGAAGAAGCAGGGUGUCUUGUUCUAUUAGCAAGCUUUAGCUGUGUUUCUGUCACCCUCUUCUCAGCUCCUUCCCUAGUAGCCUUGGUCACUGGAGAUCUCUCUCCCUACCUUGACCAGGUGAUCGCCGAGAGUCUCUCAGAGGAGGAGAUUGCAGGCUUGAGGGAGAUGUUCACAUCCAUGGACACCGACAACAGUGGGGCGAUCACCUUUGACGAGCUCAAAGCCGGUCUAAAGAGAUACGGGUCAACUAUGAAGGAGUCCGAGAUCCGGGACCUCAUGGAUGCAGUAAGUCAACCUCCUCAUGGAUGCUCUCCUCUUCUCAUACAUGGAUGGCCGCUUAGAACCGGGACAUGGGUCUGCCCAAUUCCCUAUUUCUAGCAGAGCCGUGGCUGUCGGGGCCCGUUGGGCCAAUGAUUUAUCUCUGGGUUUUCUAAUUUUCGGGCCAAGGAUGGUUGCCCCGCCCGUUGGCAAAAACCCCUGCUUGGAACCUGAUCUGCUCGUGCAUUGUGACGGCCACUGUGGAUUCAGUGUGAUGUGGACAACAGCGGCACCAUUGACUAUGGGGAGUUCAUCGCCGCCACUCUUCACCUCAACAAACUGGAGAGGGAGGAGCAUCUGGUGGCGGCAUUCUCAUACUUUGACAAGGACGGCAGCGGCUACAUCACCGUCGACGAGCUUCAACAGGCCUGCAAGGAGCACAACAUGACCGACUUCCCCAUCGAGGACAUCAUCAAAGAAGUGGAUCAAGACAAUGUAAGUAUGGAAGGAUUUUGCCCAGGUAGCCCCAAUGGUGGGAUUGGGCCCUUGUGGGUCCAUGUUCCAGAGUGGGCGCCCCGUUUUAACUCUCUCUCUAAAAAAAAUGGGAUUUUGAUCUUGUUGGUUCGUGUUUCAGGACGGUCGGAUCGACUAUGGGGAGUUUGUGGCGAUGAUGCAGAAGGGGAACAUGGGGCUCGGCAGGAGAACAAUGAGGAACAGUCUCAACGUGAGCAUGAGGGAUUCCCUUGCUAGGUCAUGA